UCCAGUUUUGUCAUCGCGGAGCUCAUAAAUAACCAGGGCAAGUACAUAGUUUUCAAGUUCUCCUGCUAUCUCUUGAAUGGGCUCUCACAUACUUAUUGCCAAAGCAAAUAACAUUUCUCAACAUCAUCUUUGUACUUAGAUACUCUACCUCUCUAUAUUGCCGGAAUUGCUGAGAUAUAUUGAAGAAAAAAUUUUAGAGACAAGAGUAAUCUAGAUUCGCAGAGGGAUGGCUUUGAAAUACGGAUUGUACCAUAUGGCAGCAAAGGCUAAAAAACGAUUAUGCUUAUCUGGUGGUGAGCCAAGAAAGUCUAGACCUGAAGGAAAUAUAAUUUCUGUUGCAAGUGAUGGCUCGUUAGAUAGUAAGGGGAAUCCUGCUUUGAAAGCACGCUCUGGAGGAUGGAAAAUAGCCAAUCUCUUACUAGUGAAUCAAGGACUAGUAACACUUGCUUUCUAUGGAGUGAAUUUAAACCUUGUUCUGUUCUUAACAAGGGUACUAGAUCAAGACAGUGCCAAAGCUGCAAACAGCAUUACUAAUUGGGCAGGGACGGUUUAUUUGUUCUCAUUAGUUGGGGCAUUCCUUAGCGAUUCUUAUUUUGGAAGACACUUAACUUGUGCAAUCUUUCAGCUCAUCUUCAUAGUGGGUUUGUUUUCAUUGUCAUUAACAUCUUGGUUAUUACUGAUCAAGCCAGUUGGUUGUGGUGAUGUAACAUUACCUUGUGCGCAACCUUCUUCGGUUGGCAAUGCAAUCUUUUAUUUUUCCAUCUACCUAAUUGCACUAGGCUAUGGUGGAUAUCAACCAACUAUAGCUACAUUUGGAGCAGAUCAAUUUAAUGAGUUGGACCCAGAUGAAAGACAAUCCAAAGCUGUCUUUUUCGGUUACUUUUACUGCGCACUAAACUUAGGAUGCCUCUUUUCAGACACCGUUUUAGUGUUCUUUGAGGAUUCAGGUCAUUGGACCUUUGGGUUCAUGAUCUCAAUGGGUUCUGCUAUUAUUGGUCUUCUUCUGUUCUGGCUAGGAACUCCAAAUUAUCGUUUCUUUCAACCAAGUGGAAAUCCAUUGACACGGGUAGCUCAAGUGUUUGUUGCUUCCAUGAGAAAAUGGAUCAUACCUCUUCCACCAAAUGGUGAGGGGCUCUAUGAAAUGGAGGGUGAAUCUGCUAUUAAAGGGUGUAGGAAGAUCCUUCACAGUAAUGAAUUUGGGUUCCUAGACAAGGCAGCAACGGUAAACGAAAAGGAUAACUUGUGUGAAGAAAACAGUAUAAAUCCAUGGCGGCUUUGCACCGUAACUCAAGUAGAAGAAGUUAAAUGUGUGCUAAAAAUGUUUCCCAUUUGGCUGUGCACCAUAAUUUAUUCUGUCAUAUACACCCAAACGGACUCGCUUUUUGUUGAGCAAGGAGCUGUCAUGAGUACAAGAACCCCUUUCUUUCACUUAAAAUUACCAGCUGCAAGUAUGUCGGUUUUCAACAUUAUAAGUGUUCUUGUCUUCACUUUUGUUUAUCGACGACUUGUCCCAUUUAUCGCUAGAUUCACAGGAAAUCCUGACGGUUUAACAGAACUGCAGCGUAUAGGAACUGGACUAGUAAUAGGCUUAGUUGCUGUGGUGGCUGCAGGAAUUACAGAAAUUGAAAGACUAAAAAGAUUAAAUCCUGAUACAAGCUCAAGUUCGUUAAGCAUAUUUUGGCAAAUGCCCCAGUACGCAUUAGUUGGAGCCUCGGAAGUGUUUAUGUACGUGGGCCAAUUGGAAUUUUUUAACAAUCAAGCUCCGGAUGGGAUUAAAAGUUUUGGAAGCUCACUUUGUAUGGCUUCAAUGUCUCUGGGGAAUUAUCUAAGUAGUUUACUCGUUAGCAUUGUAAUGAGCAUUACCACUACGGAAAAUAGACCUGGUUGGAUUCCAAAUGAUCUUAACAAGGGUCACUUGGAAAGGUUUUACUUCCUUAUCGUCAUCCUAACCGCAAUAGAUUUUGUGAUUUACAUAUUUUUGGCCAAGUGGUACAAAGGCAUCAAUCUUGAGAAGAAGAGCAUCCAAGAGGAGGAAGGCAACCACUCGGAGGACGUCACUGAAGAGGAAGAAAGAAAUCCAUCGGAAGAACAACGGGAAACAGUCCUGACGAUCACCAAUACUUCAGUUAAUUAAUCUGUAUUUUGUGUAGCUAAUAAAAAACAAAAUUUCCAACAAAAUGUAAACUUGGUCGUUUAGCUAGCAACCGAGAAAUAUUACAAGUUACCUGAGAUACGAAGAGAUUAGGUGCGUGUGGAGAGAAAAGAAGAGAGGAUAAAUUCAUUUAUGUCAUCACAUAUAAUCGCACUAAGUUGUUUCUUUGUCGUUUCAGGAAUGGUUAUGGGAUGUAGACCUCAACCCUUUGCCACAAUGGUAACAGAGAAAAUGAUUAACUAGGUAGAGACGAUUCAAAGAAAAGUUGAUUAUGGAAACGCGAAAACGCGCACAGCCAACGGUUGUUAUUGCCCUACAUAGUUCUCCAGUACUUGAUAAAGGGCCAUUUGUCUUCAUAAUCAAUGGCUA